AUGACUCCUCGAUCAUUCGACCAAAUCCGUCCCCUCGUCGCCCAACACAUUCGUGAAGUCAGGGACUUUCCCAAAAAAGGCAUCAAUUUCAGGUGAGAGACAAUUUUGGAAAAUUGCGGUUUAUACAACGAAAAUUCUCUUCAGGAAAGCUUCAGACAUAGGCAAAGUCGGAAGGACCCUCCGAGGGUCCAUAAAGGACCAUAGAAAUGUUCCUUUUAGGGCGACGAAGGCUCUCUUUUUGCUGCCUUUUUGCUCCAUUUUCUCAGCCCUUAUGCACCAUUUUUGCUGCCUCUCCCUUUCUCCACCAUUUCUCGAGCCUUUAAAAUCCCAGAAAAAUGGAAGGCUCGAUAAAGGGAGUCUUUUUGCUCCCUUUCGCUGUCUUUUUGCUGCCUUUCGCUGCCUUUUUGCUGCCUUUCUGCGGCCUUUUUUGAGCCUCUCCCUUUUAGCGGCCAUUAUCCACCAUUCCGACUUUGCCCGAGGAGGCAAAGUCGGGAAGGGUCGAAAAAGGCUCCCUUUUUGCUGCCUUUUUACAGCUUUUCUGCGGCCUUUUUUCCGCCUUUUUGCAGCCUUUUUGCAGCCUUUUUGCUGCCUUUUUGCAGCCUUUUUGCAACCUUUCUGCGACCUUUCUGCAGCCUUUUUGCAACCUUUCUGCAACCUUUUUGCAGCCUUUUUGCAUCCUUUUUGCAGCCUUUUUUGCAGCCUUUCUGCAACCUUUUUGCAGCCUUUUUCGAGCCUUUUCGAGACUUUUUGCUGUCUUUUUUCAGCUUUUCUGCAGCCUUUUUGCUGUCUUUUUUGAGCCUUUCCCUUUUAGACGCCUUUAUUAACCAUUCCGACUUUGCCCGAGUUUAAAAAAAAAUCAGAAUUUCCUGGUAUAUUCCAUUCAGAUUUUGAAAAUCAAUCGUAAUGUUUGAUAUUCCUUCCUGAAGUGCCCGCUCUCUGAUUGGCUAGUCGCAUUAUUAGGGGCGGAGCUUAAGGAAUAAAUUGACAUUGGAGUUUCGAAGUCUUUGCGAACUUAUCACGUUUUGUGAAGUAGAAAAACAGGAAAAACUACAGUAUACGUAGGUUUUUUGCUCGCUUCGCUUCAAGACCCGCGCUUUGAAUUUUUACGGUGUUUUGAAAAAGAAAAACAUGACAAGUUGGGGUGAAAUAUGCUAUAAAUUGCUUUUUUUCAAAAUAUUGAAUUUUUCGACUAAUUUCUGAAUAUUCAGAGACAUAAUGCCGCUUUUCGCGGACCCAGUCCUUGUCAAUGAACUUUGUAUAGCUAUAGCCGAUCAUAUCCGGAAUUCUAUUGGUCAUAUCGAUGCUAUCGCUGCUCUAGAAGCUCGGGGUUUGUUUUUUUUUUUAAUUAAUCAAAAAAAUGGGAAAAAUUACGUCGAUUUGUUGAGUUUUUCGCAUGAAAACACCUUUGCAAGUUUUAGUGGUCCCUAUAGGGUGAGGUAUAGUGGUCCCUAGAGGGGAUACUCCAAGGGUCCCUGCCCCUAUGGGGCCCACUCUAGAUUUACUGAGAAUUUAACGAUUUUUUAUUAAAGUUUGAAUCAACCUUUGCUACAAAAUUUGUGGAAAAAAUCGAAAAUAAAAUUGAAAAAAUUAGAAAAUCGUUUUAUUUUAUUUUUUAUCAAAGUCUGAUGACAUCUUCGCGUCAAAAUUAAGGAUUUUCAUGCAACUUUGAAAGAAAAAUCAAAAAAAAAAACGGAAUUUAAACUCCUUCACGAAAUUGGACGAACAGGAAGAUACUUAUACUAAGAUCUUAUUUUCCAGAAUUUCAGAAGAUUCGUUUAACAUAGGAAAAUACGCAAAAAGUGGAAAAAGGGUCCAUAGAAAUGUUCCCCUUUUGCUGCCUUUUUGGGCCAUUUUCUGGGCCCUUAUGCACAAUUUUUGCAGCCUCUCCCUUUUUCCACCAUUUCUUGAGCCUUCAAAAUCCUAGAAAAAUGGAAGGCUCGAUAAAGGGACCCUUUUUGAUACCUUUCUUGAGCCUUUUUUGAGCCUUUUUGCGGCCAUUUUGCUGCCUUUUUGCUACCUUUUUUGAGCCUUUUUUGAGCUUUUUUUGAGCCUUUUUGCGGCCUUUUUUGAGCUUUUUUCUUUUAGCGGCGACCAUCCCGACUUUCCCCGAAUAUUUUCACUCAUUUCAAAGUUCAGGUUUUCUUUUCGGACCCCAAGUCGCGAUCCACUUGGGAGUCCGGUUUGUCCCGAUCAGGAAAAAGGGAAAAUUGCCCGGUCAGACUCUACAAGCCUCCUACAUCAAGGAGUACGGAGAGGUCGGCUUUUUUGAUGACUCAAACUUGUGAUUCAUGUUCUGGGCAAACUCAUGGAGUCUGAAAAUACUCCGUAACGCCAGAGUGGUCCUUUUAGGGGUUAGGGAAAGAACAGUCACUAUAGGGGACAAAUAAGGUUUCCCUAUAGGGGUAAAAUUUAGAUGGUAUUCAUAGAGUUUUUUACCUGACCCCUAAGACCUUAAAGCUCAAGUGGUCCCUAUAGGGCUAUCUUAGCUUUUUGUUCAGAUCUGAAAUAAAAAGGACGUAUAGGGACCGCCAGAAUGCUCCCCCACCUUUUCAAGCUUCAGUGUCCCCUAUAGGGGCAGGUAAAGCGGACCCUUAAGGUUGCCCCUAGAGGGAUCACUUUAGCGCUCCUAAGAAAGGGGGGAAAAUGGGAAAUCCUGAAUAUUUUCAUUUUGAAGCUUUUCCAUCAUGUUACAUGAUGCAAAUCCAUUUUUUAAAAUUUUAGACUUAUUUUGGUCGCAUUUGGAAUGGGUCUAGCUGCUUUAAAUUAAGAUUCUCAAUGAUUUAAACUUUAUUAAAGUUGAAUAAUUGGGAGUUUGUCUAUUUUUCUUCAAGGAAAUAGUUUUUCAAAUGAAAGAAAAGUGAGAAAACGUGAAAUUGAACCAAUCUUUACUCAUUUUCGCGUGAAUAAAAUCUUAAUUUUCAAAUUUUAUCCAGUUUUCUUCAAGGAAUUCGUUUCGAAAUGGAAGAAAAGUUGAAAAAUGAGAAUUUGAAUUACUCUUGACUGAUUUUUGGCGUGAAAAAAGCUUUAAUUUUCGAAGUUUAUCCAUUUUUCUUCAAGGAGUUAGUUUUGAGUGGACAGAAACAAUGACAAUUUGUUAAUUUUAACCUAUUUUUCUUUAUUUUUGGCUUGAUUAAUGUUCAAAAUACUGAAAUUUGCCCACUUUUUGUCAAUGAAAUGGUUUUCUAUACUCAUUUUGAGCUUUUUGAACAAUUUUUCUACGAUUUGUUUUGAAAUUUAUGUGGAAAAUGGUCUGCAUUUGAAGAUACCUUUACUUUUUCUACUGAGAAAAUUCGUCUCUGAACAAUAAAAAAAAGACUUCCAGGACAUUGUCGAAAUUCAACACGACGCCUUGAAAUCCGGGGACAAAGUUUUCCUGAUUGAUGAUCUCCUGGCGACUGGUGGAACACUCCGGGUUUCCUUUAAAUCUUCAAAUUUGUCUCAUUUUGUCGAUUUCCAGGCAGCAAUCGAUUUAAUCGCGAAGAGUGGAGCUACAGUAUCCCAAGCCUUUGUACUCAUCAAACUGGCGCCGUUGAAGGGACGAGAAAAAUUCCCAGAAGUCGAUUUGGUCUCAUUGAUUUCCUAUGAUGAAGCUUGA